UGAAAACACUUUCCGAAAAAAUAGUGAACUCUGUGGAAGAGCCAGGCGUGAGGGAGGAUAGGAGAAGUACAGGGCAAUGGCUUCAACAUGACCUCUAUCUCUUCUGAGGUUCGCGACAUAGGGAGCAAUUUGAAACGCUGUCAAACUGCCAGCGACCUUGCUGAUGCUCUCUCCCGUGCACAGCAUUUGUUGGAUGACGAAAACCAAAGUGGAAAAGAUGAGUUCCUGUCAAGACAUUUUUCACUGUUUUGUCAGACCUAUUUAUGCAGUGAGAAUGUUCUAAGGUUGCUGUCAGAACUGGAUUCUCGCACUCUAGAAAGAGGAUUCGCAAAGUUCUUCCUCACUGGUCCACAAUGCGAGUCUUUCCUGGCGCUCCAAGAUGCAUUUCAAAAAUGCCAAUCCAGCUUUGGAAUCCUGUACAUAGUGGAGCUGUUGGAGAGGUUUCUCGGUAGCGAGCGAUUAGUCAAGCUGCUCAGUGUAUUGGACAAGGCAGAUGCUGACAGUGGAGAUGCGCUGAUGGAUGGCAACAGUCACACUAGUCCAUCUCUUGUAGUUGACCAUACCAUAGUUCAGCUAUGCAGCCUUCCAGACAUUGUAGCCAAGAAACUCGGCGCCCAUCACGAUCGCUCGUUUUUCUUCCAGGAAAAGUAUUUCACCACUUUGGGUGAACGUGUUCUGUCAGUUCUACACUUGGUUUACAAACAGCUGUCCAAGUCGCAAAGCUGCUCCCUGAAACUGGUGUGCCACUUGGUCAGCAAGGUUUGCCUGCGCGGUCAUACAGGGAAUCUGUUCGGUGCCAUUCUGCCUGAGCUAUGCUGCAAUAUGCAGAGCGACUUCCUGUGGCGUCGGAUUGGUCACCGGCUUGUGUCUGGUGUUGAUGAUCGACCACUGGAACCUGUGCUGGAGUACUUCAUUACCACGUUUGAGCCAUCACUGGUGGAGGAAGGACCACUGCACUGGCUUCUGGGUGAUUCCAUUGCUGACCGGGCUCACAUCUGCUACCUUCUCACGAACAAAUUCCUGUACUCCCGCUAUCACUUCUCACUAGCAGCUGUUCAGAAUCUAUUUUCUCUACUUCACCAUGCCAAGAAGAAGACAAGGGAUAGUCUUUGUCAGAAGGUGUUUGCACGGACCCUAGACAUCUGGUGUGAUAACAACAGUGUACAGCACACGUCCUAUGAACAACAUCGUCACCUGACCAGGGCAUUACUACUCUCAGUCACACGGCUGGAUGAGAAAUCGUUGGACCCGAUCAAGCCAGAUUGUAUUGCGAAGCUUUUGGAUGGCGUCCAGGUCCACCUGAACAGCCCUCUGAAGCAGACACGUCAGCUGGGAAUGACAACAGCAGAACUGCUGACAGACAAGCUACAGAUGUCAAUUGAAAGGCUUCAGUUUGAAUAUGAGUUGAGCGAUGACUGUAAGGAAUUGCAGAAACUCGUUUUGCCGAUGGACAAGCAGGCUAACCACUUCAAGUACACACCGGAAAAGAAUAUUUUCCAAGAAUCAUCCACGCUCUUCACGGUGGAAAGUGGAUCAUCAAAGGAAUCCAAACCUAGCACUGACCCAGUGCAAUCCAAGUCGAGCAUGCCUGCUAGGUCUACCAACCGUGCGUCUAAGCCGUCAGCAGCAGCUGCACCCAAAGUGGAAGAACUGGACAGUGACGAUGACUCUGAUCUGGAGGCAUACCCUAUGAACGAGGCUGACAUGGCUGAGAAAAGGCAGGACGUGGGAGAGUCUAAGCCGCCCGUCUUCUUGAGGGACUGCAUAGCAGGUCUGUUGGCAAGAGAAAAGCCAUUGCGAACAACUACAUGUUUGGCAUCUGCUGAAGUACUGAUCCGUCGAAACCCUCCUGAACUUCAAGAGGUCUGUGGAGAACUCAUCAAGAUUUUGCUGCACCUCGAUGACGAGUACAGUUUGGAUGGGUUUGCGGCAUAUCGUUUCCGUUCUAUGAUAGCCGUUACGGUUCACUGUCCAAAGCAGGUCGCUGCAUACUUGACUGGAGAGUUCUAUGCCGUCAACUACAACCUUCGUCAACGAAUGGACAUGCUUGAUGUGCUGGAGAGAGCUGCUCAAGAACUCUCUUCUCCAAGCAAGUCACUCCAAUCCAGUUCUGCUGCACGUUCUCUGGUGUCUAUCGCUGGGCCAGGUGAUCUACCUAGCUCUGCUGCAGACAUAUCAUCGACUUUUGCUUCGGGCACAUCCACAAGCAGACACAGUGGAUCGACUAUGGCCGUGGCUAUAUCCGGGAUGAGCAAAUCCCCUCAAGACAACGAAGACUGGAGAGCUACUGUUGAGAGGCGCGUUGCACAGAAGACCAGGCGUUUUGCUCAUGCAUCAGGUCAAGGACCUCAAGCGACUGCUUCGCGGUUCAGUGCCGUAGCCGGCCUGUUCUUCUUUCCACUAAUGGCUAAAUUUGAUGGUGGCCUGUCAACGUUGAGUCUACUCGGAUCGGAUUUCCUUGUGCUUGGUCGUCUCAUUUUCACACUUGGGUCAAUUUUGCACUGCGCAGCACAUUCUCCGAUAUCUCGGUCAAUGGCUGGUGCACUGCUGGAGUUUCUAUGGGCUCUCCGUCGCCACGCAGAACCGUUUAUGCGGCAGUCGGUCCUGUUUGCGCAUUGCAUGAUCCUGUGCAGUGUAGAUGGACAGUUUCUCCUUGAAGACCAUCCCAGGGAGAUGGCUGAUUGUCACAGCUGGCUAGCUGAUUGCUUAUCAUCAGACCCAGAUGAAGAAUGCAGGAAAUUGGCUUGCCAUGCUAUGCCAAUGCUGGAAAACAUCUUGUCAAAGGGCUAAUAUCAAGCUCAGCACAUGCUUGACUAUCACAGCUAAGGCUAAGCAGCUGAUCAAUCACGUAUGGAGUGUAAGGUACAUUGGCCUGGCCUGACAUCUUCCUUGGACAAGCUAUCAGUUUGGUUAGCUAUGGUUCACUGUAGCUUACGUUCACAGCGUGGCUCUUGCAUGGCAGCACCUGUACUGGAACUGUGCAGGUCUCUGGAGGUCCCUUGGUUCAUGCGGUAUAUCUGGUGCAGUUGGAAACUAUGUGCCCUAUUCACCGCAACGCACUGUGGGGUUUUGGCACACAUGGCGUUCAGGACGCGACCACUGUCUUCUCUACUGACAUUUAACUGGCAUUCCCACAGCCAUGGCUUGUCAAGUAACAGACUUCCGAGAUGUGCUUGGCUUCUACCGCGGCAACCUUGGCCUGACUCAAGCUGCCCAUUCCCA